AGAGUAAAGAUUGCAACUGAUACCGUUUAGGACCAAUGUCGGUAUUGACCAUAUGGCGAAGCUCCUCUUUCCGACUGGAAAAUUUUUGAACGUUGCGCGCGGCACGCUUCGGCCCUUAGGUCGCGCCGAUGUUGCUCGGUAUGCAGAGGCGGUUACUGUAUCAAGGGUGCAGUGCGUCGUAAGCGCCACAACGGACAAGGGCCAUCCGGCACUGAAACUUACAAGUCAGGGCUCCCAAAAUCCGACACUAGUUCUGUCUAAACAGGAGCCGCAUAAUGAACUAAGCCAGGGCCAGUCUGCGCUCCUUGGUGACGGCGAAGCCUUCAGCCUCAUCUGCACCCGCCCCGACCUCGCCAUUCGAGUUGAAAUGGACCCCGCUGACCUGCAACCCGAGUCGCGGCCGGAGCCUGACGCGUUAGCGCACCCCAUCACCCCCACCGCAGCAACUACCAGCCCCUCAAAAGCCGCUGCACCAGCCGAAGCCCCCUCCUCCGGCGACAUUCAAGACGAGGACAAGCUGCCUUCCUCCCCCUACGCCUCAGAUGACGGAGGCGCAAGCCCGGGUAGACCCACGCGACCGCGCCACCUUCCAACAGCCGCAGCCGCCUCCGCACCUGCUGCGGGUACAGCUGCGGGUACAAACUCAGCAGCGAGCUCACCCGGCGAGGAGGCGCCCGCAGCAGCAGGGGACACACCAGGGCCCUCCAGGGGCGGCCAGGGGCGCCGCAGCAGCGGUGGAGGCGGAGGCGGUGGAGGCGCCGGCAGCGCGCGCGGUGUCGGGAACGACAAGCCGCCGGCGGCGACGCGGCCGCCGGUAGUGCUGCUGUUGGCUGGGUUGCCUGGAUCGGGCAAGAGCACGUUCAGCCGACUUCUGAUGGAGGCCUCCCCGAUUGCAUGGGUGCACAUCAACCAGGAUGCCAUCCGCAGCGGCGGGCGCCCGGGCAGUCGGGAGCAGUGCAUCACGGCGGCCAAGGCGGCCCUGGCCCAGGGCGCGUGCUGCAUCAUUGACAGGUGCCACGGCGAUGCGCAGCAGCGCAGCUCCUUUCUAGCCCUGGCAGCCGAGCGGGGUGUGGCAGCGCACUGCGUGGCACUGCAGCAGCCGCCGGAGCUCUGCGCGCGCCGCGUGGCAGACCGCACGGACCACCCCGGCGGUGUGCAGGGUAACGGCGGCAAGCGGGUUGUGUACCAGAUGGCCAAGCAGCAGCAGGUCGGCAACAGCUGGCCGCCUGCCUGCUCGGAGGGCUUCGUCUCCAUCAUGGAUUGCAAUAACGAUGCAGACGCCGCCGCGGCGGUAGCUGCUUGGGCUCUGUACGGCAGAGAGGAGCCAGCAGCUUCCUCGGCGGCAGCUACGACGGCAGCCGAAGCCGCUGCCGGCGCAGCGCAUGGGUCAGCGCAAGUGACCCAUGGGUCAGCUCGGGCGCCGAGCGGCAGUAAGAAGCAGAGAUACCUAGCAGAAGCGGCGAGGACGCUAGCUGCAUGGGAGGCACAUGCCGGGAAGCGCAAGCGGCCGUCGGCGGGCAUUACGGCAUUCUUCAAGCCGGCAGCAGCGGCCGCUGGGUCGGGCAGGAGUGCGGCAGCAGCGGCUGCGGCUGGUGCGGGGACCGCGGCACCUGCGGCGUCUGCAGCACCUGCGGCGAAGGCAGCUGCUGGGCGGGCUGGUGCCGGUGCUGCUGGCACAACCGCCGCGGCGAAGCUGGUGGGGAAGCGGCCGGCAAGCCCCGUGCCGCUUGCUGCAGCAGGCAGCCCGAAGCGGCGGGCGGUGGGGGUGCAGCCCGGAGGAGCGGAAGAUGCCGGUGGGGCAGUGGUGGAGCAGAAGAAGAAGCAGAGCUGCGACAAGCCACAGGAGGGCACAGCAGGUGCGCGAGAGGCAGGGACAAGCAGUCCGGCAAGUCAGCCCGGCGGCGAUAGCGGCGCAGGCGCAUCCGGCCGUAACGCCUUCUCAGUGCUGAUGGCUUCGGCGACGCGCAACGCAAGGGAUGGUGGGCCGGCCGGUGCCGGUGCUGCGAACGCCAGCAGCAGCAAGCACCCAAGCGAUUUGGACACGGCUUCGGACAAACGGUUCAAGCUGACCGCACCUUGGGCGCAGCACCUGAGGAAAGUGGCCUUAAGCCCGGAGGACUCGGGCCAGAAGAUAUUCCACAAGGACGACCAGGUGAUCCUAAUUGCCGACGCCUACCCGAAGGCGCGGCAUCAUGCCCUGGUGAUCGCGCGCGACCCCUCGCUGAGGAGCAUUACCGACUUGCGCGCGCGGCAUGUCCCGCUGCUGUCACAUAUGCGCCGGGUAGCGGAGGAGUGGGUGCGUGACCAGCGCAAGCAGGACCCCGAGACCGCAGCAUUUAAGCUUGGCUUCCAUGCUGUGCCGUCGAUGUGCCAACUUCACAUGCACGUUGUGUCCCAGGACUUCGACUCCCCGUCCCUCAAGAACAAGAAGCACUGGAACAGUUUUACCACACCCUUCUUCAUCCCAUUUGACAACUUGGAGCGAGAGCUGGUUGCGCAAGGCCGGCAUACACCGAUCAGCCCAGACGAGGAGAAAGAGCUGGAGACCCAGGAGCUUCGAUGCCACGGUUGCAGCAAAGUGCAAAAAUCAUUGCCUGAGCUUAAGCAACACAUUGUAGCGUGUGGCGCUGUGAAGGGGUUGGUUGGCUUGUGAGGUCAUAGAAGGGAGUUGCAUGGCCAUCUACCAUUACUUGCAUCCUGUAUACAUACAACAGUUUCCUGUUGUUGUGUGAUGUUGACGUGAUCAAUAGACGUGCGUAGUUUGGUGUUCGGCAUGGGGAGUAGCAGCUACGAAAGCAACAGCUGGCAGGUUCCGGGGCCGCAAUAGAGGCUGCAAUAAAUACACAAAUCAACUCCUCGUCUUGUUCUC